AUGGCUACGCCACCCACUGAUCAAGAAGCAUACUUCAUUUCUACGUGCAACCGCAUCCUCGAAACGACAGAACAAAUCCUCGAGCAAUCGGCUAAAGGGUUCGAAUGCCUAGACCGCCUCCUGGCCUUGAAGCUGAGUCACCCCAACAUCUUCAGCGAAGAGGAUGACGCGAAGCUCAAGGCUGUGAAGAGAGAGAGUGACGAAAAGAAGACAGAGCUUCAAGAUAACAUCAACAAGACAAGACAGAUGUUCUUAGAGCCGAGCCCGGAUUAUUUCCGGGAGUUUGGCCCUGAUUUUGAUCCCCUUAAGAUCGAAGAGCACCUCAAUCGCGGCCGUCAGGAUACUCAUGAAUGGAAUGAAAAGCUGCUCGCAGCCGAGCGCAUAGUCAGAGCCAACAACCCGCAAAUCGAGGAACUCCAAAAGAUCCACUCCGACGACAAGGAUGCUGCGACCCAGACAGAGACAAAUGUUGAGAAGACACCCACAUCAUCUGGAAACUAA